AUGGUGGGUGGGGAGUUGGGGGGUUUGAUGGUUGGGGGGAUGAGGAUAGGAGGGGGGGGAAGGUGGAAGUAUGUUAUGGUUGGGUGGGUGGGAAUAGGUGUGGGUAUGUAUUGGGUUUGUGGUGGGGGGGUGGAUUUUGGUGUGGGUGGUGUUGUUGGAAGGGUUGGUUUGUGGGUGGGUGGGUGGUGUAGGGGAUUGGGGUGGGAUGGGGGUGUUGUGAUUUUUUGGAGGGGGUGGUUUGUGAUGGGGGGGUUGGGAGUUAGGAGGUGGUUUGUGUUUGUUGUUUGUGUGGUUGUUUGGUAUGUUGUGUGGGUUGUUUGUGGGGGGGGGUGGUUGGGGGGGGGGGUGGGGGUGUUGGGGGUGGGGUGGGGGUUGGUGGGGGGUUGGGUGGGGGGGGGGGUGUGGGGGGGGGUUGGGGGUGUGGGGGGAUGGGGGGGUGGGGGUUGGGGGGUGGGGGGGGGGGGGUGGUGUGGGGUGGUGGGGGGGGGGGGGGGGUGUUUGGGUGGUGGGGGGGGGGGGGGGGGGUGGAUGGGUGGUGGGGGGGGGGGGGUGGGGUUAGGGGAGAGGGUGGGUGGGGUGGGAUGGAUGGAGGAUGGUGGGUGGGGGUGGGAGGUAUGGGUGAUGGGUGGUGGGUGUUGGAUGGGAAGUAGGGAGGUGGGGGGUGGGGGGGGGUGUUGGGGUGUUGGGGGGGUGGGGGGGAAAGGUUUGUGGGUGUGGGGGGGGGGGGUGUGUUGUGGUUGGGUGAUGGGUUUGGGUUGGUAUGGGUGGUGUGGUAGGGGUUUGUGUGUUUGGGGGGGGGGUUGGGGGGGGGUUGGGGGGGUAGUGGGGGUUGGGGUGGGGGGGGGGGGGUUGGGGGGAUGGUUGGUGUUUGGGGUGGGUGUGGUGGGUAGUGUGGGGGUUUGUGAGAGUGUGGGGUUGGGAUGGGGUUGGGGUGGUUUGUUUGUUUUGUUGUGGUUUGUGUUGUGGGGGUGUGUUUGGUGGGGGGGGGGUGGGGUUAAGAUUGGUUGGGGGUUGGUUAGUGUGGGGGUGUGGUGGUGUAUGAGGGGUUGGGGGUGGGUGGGGGGUAGGGGUAUGGUUUUGUGUGGGAUGAGGGGUGUGUGGUUUGGGUGUGGGGGGGUGAGAUUUUUGUUUGGUGUUUUUUGUUUGUGUUGUUUGGGUGGGGGGGGUUUUAUGGUAGGGUGUUGUUUGUUGGGGGGGGGUGGGGUAUGGGUUGUUGGUGGUGGUGGUGUGUGGGUGAAGAGGGGAUUGUGUAAGUUGUGUUUGGGGUGUGGGAUGAUGGGAUGGGUUGGGGGGGUUGGAUGGGUUGGGUUGGUGGGAGUUGGGGGUGUGAGGAGGGAUGUGAGGAGGGUGGUGGGUGGUGUGGUGGGGGGGUGGGGAUUGGUUGGUGGGGGUUGGGGGGGGGGGGGUGGUGGGGGAGGGUGUAGGGUGGGUGGGUGGUUUUUUUGGUGGGUGAGGGUGGGGUAUAGGGGGUGGUUGGGGGUGUGGGGGUGGGGGUGGGUUUUGGUGAUGGGUGGGGGGGUUGUUGGGGGUUAG